UCCUUUCCCCCUGCCCCAGACCCUCAGAUCCUGGCCUGCCCCGAGCUCUGCAGACCCAUGGGGGCCCCCAGUGAGGGGAUGCUGGCAGAGCUGGGGUCCUGUCUGCUGCUGGUGGUGGUGCUGCUGGGCCCAGGCCCCAGGGCCCAUGCUAUGAAAGGUAUCAAAUGUGGGGGUGUGCUCUCAGCACCUUCCGGAAACUUCUCCAGCCCCAACUUCCCCAGGCUCUACCCCUACAACACAGAGUGCAGCUGGCUGAUUGUGGUGGCCGAGGGCUCCUCGGUGCUGCUCACUUUCCACGCCUUUGACCUGGAGUACCACGACUCCUGCGGCUUCGACUACCUGGAAGUGUACAACGGGGCCUCGGGGGACAAGGGCAGCCUGCUGGGGAGGUUCUGCGGCCGGGUGCCCCCGCCACCCUUCACCUCCUCCUGGCACGUCAUGUCUGUCAUCUUCCAUUCAGACAAGCACGUGGCCAGCCGAGGCUUUUCUGCCGGCUACCAGAAAGAUGUGUGUGGUGGUGUCCUAACGGGCCUUUCAGGGGUCCUUACCAGCCCUGAGUACCCGGACAACUACCCCAACAACGUGGAGUGCCACUGGGUGAUCCAUGCCUCCGGCCCUGCCACUGUCAAGCUGGUGUUCGUGGACUUCCAGGUGGAGGGUAGUGAGGAGUGUACCUAUGACUACGUGGCUGUGCUUGGGGGGCCUGGCCCCGCCCACGGGCAUCACUACUGUGGCAGCACCCGGCCCCCAACUCUUGUGUCCCUGGGCCACGAGCUGCAGGUGGUCUUCAAGUCUGACUUUAACAUUGGAGGCCGGGGCUUCAAGGCCUACUACUUCUCAGGAGAAUGCCAGGAGGUAUACACGGCCGUGCGGGGCAACUUCUCCAGUCCCCAGUACCCCAGCGCCUACCCUAACAACAUUCACUGCCACUGGACCAUCCGCCUGCCUCCAGGCUACCGGGUCAAGGUGUUCUUCCUGGACCUGGACCUGGAGGGUCCCAACAGCCUGACCAGGACCUGUGACUUCGACCAUCUGGCAGCCUUCGAUGGGGCCAGCGAGGAGGCCUCCCUGCUGGGGAGUUGGUGCGGCCACCACCUGCCAGCACCGGUCACCUCGAGCCGCAACCAGCUUCUGCUUCUACUGCACACGGACCGCAGCACCACCCGAAGGGGCUUCUCCGUGGCCUACAUUGGAGGUCGGCUGGGGUUGAGGAUCCCUGUGGGAGCCCAGGGCCAGACAGGGGCACUCGUGCUAGACGAGGCUCCAGAUGUGGUCCAGGCUGCAGUCGUGCCCAUGAACGUGAGCUGCUCCCGCACGGACUUCCAGAUCCUGAUCGCCGCACAGGCUCUGGCGCCGCUGGAGCGGACCAAGGUCUACCUGGGCAGCCGCAGCUGUGCCGCCCAGGAAGCCGGGGGCACCUUCCGGAUCCAGGCCCGCUUUGACACCUGCGGCACCGAGUCUCAGCGGAGGAACAACACCUCAGUGAUUGUCAGCAUGCUGUACAUCGACUUCUCGGCUGGCGGGCAGGAGGACAUCCAUGAGUAUGAGGUCCGUUGUGAGCCACGGCGCAAGGAGGCUUCUGUCCACCUGCUGUCUGGCUCCGACCGGCUUGGGCCCUAUGCCGCCACAGCUGAGCAUCUUCAGGAAGCGCCACCCAGGGAUGAGGUGGAGGCCCUGGAGGGCCCUGUGGCCAUGGUGUCUCAGGACACCAGUGACAUUGUCUUCCUGGGCCUUUGCAUCCUGGCCGGAGUCCUCAUGGUCGUUGCCAUCGUGGUCCUGAUGCUGCUGUGA